UAAUCCAUGAGAUAGCUACAAACAUGGCCGCGUUUGGUGCAGCACGGUGCCUCUUUAGGAGCUAUUCUCGGGUCAAAAAUGUCGAUCAAAACACAGGAAUACUUGUCAGAUGUAGCAGAAGGAUGUUGUGCAGUGCACCGUCUGACAGCAGUUCUCCAGAUGCCCAUGUGAAGCCCCAGUUUCUGGAUGCAGAGGUGCAGGACAUCCUAACCAGAAUCACAGGCUUGAACCUGGAGAAGGUGUUCAGACCCAUCAAACAGGAGCUGAAGCCCCCCAAGUACAAACUCAUGACAGACGCACAGCUGGAAGAGGCGAUCCAGAGUGCCAGGGAGCAGGCCCAGAGGCUGCUGAAGAUGCCUCCGGUGCUGCCGGAGAGGAAGCCCAUCAAUGAUGUCCUGUCUGAGGACAAGAUCCUGGAGGGCAUGGACACAGCCAAAUACGUCUUCACUGACAUCACCUUCAACAUACCGCACAGGGAGCGGUUCAUAGUGAUCCGGGAACCCACUGGGACUCUGAGGAAGGCAUCGUGGGAGGAGAGGGAUAGGAUCCUGCAGGUCUACUUCCCUAAAGAGGGCCGCAGGCUCACAGCACCCCCUGUCUUCAAGGAGGAGAACCUGAAGGUGGUGUUUGGCCAGGAUCGUCAUGAGGAUAUGUUGGAUCUGUGCCAGGUCCAGUUUGAACCUGACUCCUCAGAAUACAUCAGGGUGCAUGCAGCCACCUAUGAGGAUCUAGAGAAGAUGGGGAAGUAUGAUCUGCUGCGCUCCACCAGACACUUUGGAGGCCUGGUCUGGUACCUGGUCAAUGCCAGGAGGGUGGACGGACUCGUGAUAGACAUGCUGCAGAAAGACCUGUUGCAGGAUGCAGUGAGUCUGGUAGGUCUGUUCAACAAGGUCCAUCCACACAGUGAGACAGCCCAGGAGGCCUCCAGCCAACAGGCUUCAGGACUGGACCUGCUCAAGAUCUACGCUAAGCGGGAGUCCCAGAGGGCAGGAUACGUAGAGCUGGCCCUGCAGGCCUACGAGCAGACCUCCGCAGAGAGCUCCGUCUGACAUACAUCACCACACCUAACCACAGGACAGCUGUGUCACAUCACAGCAGAGCUCAGUCUGACAUCACCAUACACUUCACACCAACGGAGCUGUGACAUUAUCCCCAAUGGCCUGCCUUUCCAUGAUCAAAAAUUUCACCAACUGGACAAUUUCGGUGAGCAAAGAGAAUAACUUAGUCCUUGAACUAUGGAGCUCAUAUGAACCACUUGCAAGCCAAGUGUCCAUUGGCAAUAAAUGGCAUCAAAAUGUGCAUAUAACUGGGGUCCUCCAGGCUUCAGUCUUCUAUCAUUUGGUGGAAGGGCACACGAUGCAGUGCAGAUAUUCACUAUUCACACAUUUCAACCUUGUCAUUUGUUCAUAACCUUAAUCAUACUGUAUCACAACAUUGGAACUGAGUAAGCUGUUUAAUUCUCAUGAUGUAUGUACAUUCAAAAUAAAAAUGUCUUUAUUUAUAGUCUCA